GUUAGUUGUUGUUUAAAUAGACAGUCCAUGUUUGGGUGUCACAUCCACUGAUGAAAUAAUCUGGGAGAUAAGGAGCUUGCACUGUGUGUGAGUACAUGAAUUUAUAUCGAUUUUAUACAAGCUCAGUGUGAGGAUUAUCUUCUCUUCUGUGCCCCCUCCUUCCCCCCCCCACACAGAUUCCAAGGAAAUCAUUCUAUCAGGGAGGGUGAAUGCUGGAAUUAUGGGAUUUCUUGGAGCAGAACCAUUUAUAAUUGCAUUGAAAAUACUGUAUUGGAAAGUGGGGUUAAUUGAAUUAAAUGCUUUUCUUUCCCAUUAGUUUUAAUAAAGUGCAAAUUAGUGGGUUAACAAGUCUGGGUACAAUAAACACAGCUCAAUUACAGCCCAAUGUUGUUUGAUUUCUAGGAAUAGAACUGGGUUUCACUGUCUCUGUUUCUGUGUUAUUAGUGUUACAAUUUAGCAGACAGUUCCUUGCAUUUCAGCUGCUGUGGAUUGCAAUUAUGAUCAUGAAAAGUCAGUAACACAAACACACUGGCUGAGCUUGUUGUGAGUUGUAUUUCACAGUUUCUAGAAUAACAAAAGAUGUUCGUACCAUAUACCCAGAAUAAUAGGGACAGUCUCUAGUUCUGAGUCAUAGUGUUCUGCAAUGUAUUACUAGAAAAUUCUUUCUAAAUCAUUGGUGUAACAAUAAUGAGAUUUUAUGAUCCUGGAUUUGUAUAGUAUUUGGGUGUGAUAAUGUUCUUUUAAAGUGACUCUGUCAAUCCGAAAUAUGUGACAGAUUCAAGUUUUGGGAAGGUACACACAUGAAGGAUUAUUCAUUUAAGUGUGAAUUGAUGGGCUUUCAAAGUGAAUUGGAAAUGUUAGGCUUAUCUAACCUAACUGAAAACCUAGCAGGUGAUUUUUUUACAACUUUGCUACUUUACUUCAGAUUUGAAAUUCACUUUCAGGGAGUUCUGCCAAAGUGAGAAUUCAAAGUGAAUCAAAUUUAAGGCCAGAGUAGCCAAACUCAAAACUUAAGUGCUAAGAAUUUUUUUAGUUCUGCUAUUUUGACCUUAAAGGGACACUAUAGGCACCCAGACCACUUCAACCUAUUGAAGUGGUCUGGGUGCAGUGUCCCUGUCCCCCCUAACCCAACAUUGCAGUUUCAGAGGAAUUACAAUGUUUGCAUUUCAGUUUUUUUUUUUUUUUUUUUUUGUAGUGCAUAAGCUCAUAACAGACAGUUUGGAGGUACCCCAAAGGCAAUCCUCCAACUUGCUAUAUAAACAUUUAGACAUAGAGGUACAUAAGAAAAUAUGCACAAUUUAUUAAGAUUAAAGAUGAUGAAAAUAAUAAACAGUCAUAGGUCCAGCAGCCAACCCUGACUCCUAGUUGGAGGUACCUUUGCUGGCAUAUCAAUUUGGCUAAUGUUAGGCAACAUAAAACAGCAUUCUGAGUGAGUGAUACAGGCUUAGUCUGGCUUUUGUGCAAAAGUGAACUACCAUUGAUGGUUCUAAGCUAGCUGCGGGUUUAACCCUCGGCAUGCCUCUAGUUACGAGUUGUAGUGAUGGGCAUGGGUCGGCAGCCAGGUAUUUUCAAGGAAUAAAAUAUAACACCAUGAUGGCACGGGAGGAGGUGAGGCCAUGUUAAUUCCAUAAAUGCCUAAAUCGCUUUGUUAUAAGGCGUGUGUGUAACUUGAUAGGCUUGCAAAGGAGAGUCAAAGUUACUGCACUGGCCCUGACUACAUGCAAUUCUAGUACCUUACUACGCUAAUCUCUUGUUUGAUUCUGUAUGUUCCAGCACAAGGUAUGGAGGGUAUGUAUGCAUGUCAUAUUAGGAAAAUGUGCCGUACUGGUGUUAGGGAGUAUACAGUACGGACUUACCCAAUUUACAUUUUAAGGUGCUUGCAGAAGCUUAGGUGACUUGCGAGUUCCCCUAUUUUUGAGGGGUGUGUGGCUGCGUACUGUUUCUCCGCUUACCUAAGGGUGUUGUUUCCCUAUGUUGGGGGUGCAUGUGAGCGUUACUGGGCCGGAGCUGCAACAUAUAUUUGCGUAUAUGCGUGCUUGGCUAGGCUGCUGUAUGUGCAUAGAGUAAGUGUGGUCUUGUAGGUAGUGUCCGAGGUGACAUGGCUGUCAGGAGCCGGUAUCAGGGCUAUGUCCUGACUAAAUCUAUGCACUCCGGGUGAGCACUCCUGACCAAGGGAGUUUCGGAGGGGUAUGGAGUGUGGGUGUUCUAGGGUGCCCGCUAGUUUGUUUGUGUAGGGAGGGAGUUUGAGUGAUUUCAGUUGUGGGAUAGUUGGUACCGUAGGUGUGUCCCCCUCCACUAGUCGUGUUGUGCGCCCUGGAGCUGGUGUUGGUCCUAUCGGUUGUAGUAAUAAGAAAUUAUGCGGGAAGGGGAGAGAGAAAGGAAGCACAGAAGGUGAUAUUAAUAGUAAAUAACUGAACAUAUAGUCUCUUGUAAGACUUGGGAGCGGUUGUGCCUGGCAAGGCAGUCCUCAGGUGUCGUUUCCGUGUAUCCUAUGUUGGGUCGGCUCUCAAGCUUGGUCCUGGGUCCGUCGCUCUCUUGCUCCCGUUCCUCGGGACGAAGGUCACCGUCUUCUCCGGAUUCCAAAUGGGAGUGGAGGUGUUCGGGGGUGUGUUUGUCCUCAGUGGCUCCAGGCCCAGUGCUGUGAGGAAUGGUGGUGUGUCUUCCAUCGAAGUAAGUGUAUGUAGGUUUCCAUUCUGGGUCACCGUUAAGGAUCCGUUCGUUCCCCACCUGUAGCUUAUGUUUGUUGAACGUAAAAGGCUUGUUACCGGUUGGAAUGUUUUGCGCCAUUGGAGGCCAUUGAUGACUUAAAGGUAGGCAGACAAUGUAAUAGAGCAGCAGGAAAUGCUAGCAGAAUGCUUGGUUGUAUAGGGAGAGGUAUUAGCAGUAGAAAGAGGGAAGUGCUCAUGCCAUUAUACAGAACACUGGUGAGACCUCACUUGGAGUAUUGAACACAGUACUGGAGUCCGUAUCUUCAGAAGGAUAUUGAUAUCUUAGAGAGGGUACAGAGAAGGGCUACUAAACUGGUUCAUGGAUUGCGGGAUAAAACUUACCAGGAAAGGUUAAAGGAUCUUAACAUGUAUAGCUUGGAGGAAAGACGAGACAGGGGGGAUAUGAUAGAAACAUUUAAAUAUAUAAAGGGAAUCAACACAGUAAAGGAGGAGACUAUAUUUAAAAGAAGAAAAACUACCACAACAAGAGGACAUAGUCUUAAAUUAGAGGGACAAAGGUUUAAAAAUAAUAUCAGGAAGUAUUACUUUACUGAGAGGGUAGUGGAUGCAUGGAAUAGCCUUCCAGCUGAAGUGGUAGAGGUUAACACAGUAAAGGAGUUUAAGCAUGCGUGGGAUAGGCAUAAGGCUAUCCUAACUAUAAGAUAAGGCUAGGGACUAAUGAAAGUAUUUAGAAAAUUGGGCAGACUAGAUGGGCCGAAUGGUUCUUAUCUGCCGUCACAUUCUAUGUUUCUAUGUUUCUAGGGUUGUCUUUGUGAGAUCUUGAUAAAACGAGAGAUGAGCCUCUUCAAAGUAUAGAGGCAUUUUGCCUUUAAUUGCGGACAUGAUGAGUAUUUUGUCGUGCACUGUGAGGCACCUUAGUAUGACGUCUCUUGCCAUGUUAGUUGGUCCCCCUGCGGGUCCAGGUAGGCGGUAGAUCCCCUCCACCGUCAGCUUUUUAGCUACUGCGUGAAGCAGGAUAGAGGCCAGUAGGCGCCUAACAUAGUGAGGCAGUUCGUCCGCUGAUACUGCCGUGGGGAUGCCCCUGAUUUUUAUAUUGGAUCGGCGGAGACUGUCUGCCAUUGCCGUUAUCUGUGUGGACGUGGUGUUCUGGUGGGACCAGACCUGCUGCAGGGAGUUCUGAGAUGUGCGUUCGCAUAUCCGCUAUAUCUGUUUCUGAGGCCUGCACUCGGUCAGUGAUGGCCUUCAUGUCAUGUUUUAUUGGUGCGAGUUCUGCCGCCAGAAUUUUGUGGAAGUCUGACAGUAGGACCUUUAGGUCCUGCCUGGUUGUCGGUGUGGAGUCAGUGGGGAUUUCAUGCGGCCUCGAUUGGGCGGCUGGUAAGCGGUCAGACCCCGUUUCUUCUCCCGGGUAGUUGUGGUUGGUUGGUCGCGGGAUUUCCGCGGGUGCAGGUUUGGUCUGUGCCGGUCGUUGGAACAGUGUCUCUAUGUCCCUGUGGUCCGAUGCCCCGAUUUCUGGGAGCGGCGGCCCAUAGCUGGCAUUUGGGCGUGGGCGUCUGUAGGGAUCCGGGAGGGAUCGUUUCUUACUUGUUGUGUAAGUAGCGCCUCCAGGCCUGGUAGUGUCAGCGUGGGGUAGGCCCCGGUUUUCUUUCUCCGCUUCGGCUGGUUGGGUGCAAGAAAAAAAGGUGUCUGUCGCCUCAGGGAGUGUUGGUGUGUUCAGCUAUCCACUUUUUAGGGCUGGAUGGGCUCUCUUUUGCGAGAUAUCCGUGGAUUUUUGAUGUUGCUCGGAGGAGCUUAUCAGCAUGGCGUCUUGUCAGGUUGGUUGUCAAGCUCCGCCCCCCUGCAUUUCAGUUUUAAGCCUGCUUUUAGUGGUUGUCUACCAGACAGUCUCUAGAGGAGUUUCCUGGCCUUUCUCAGUUGCAUAAGUUAGUUGUUGUUUAAAUAGACAGUCCAUGUUUGGGUGUCACAUCCACUGAUGAAAUAAUCUGGGGGAUAAGGAGCUUGUACUGUGUGUGUGAGUAGAUGAAUUUAUAUCUCUUUUUAUACAAGCUCAGUCUUGUCUUCUAAAUCCCAAUAGGAAAACCUUGAUUGUAUACUUAACUAUGGGAAAGGCCAACUGUGCAUGCUCUUCAGGUUCUCCCCAUCGGCUGAAGUAAGAGGAAGCAGCGCAUGUUUUUAUAACACUUUAUUUGCCGUGGGGGGGGGGGGGAGGGGGGACACACUACAACUGUAUUCCUAACACUAUAUUGUUCCUUUUAAAUUUGAAAAUCAGUUUGAAUUUACUUUGAUGUCUUACCUUAGUGAAUAACAAUGACAAGUUUUAUAUUAUGCUGUAUAAAGGUAUACUUCACGAUUGUGUGUCACCUUUAAGAUGGCUGCGAAAAACGGGUGCUAAUGGCUGCAUGUUCAACCACAUGACUAAAUUUCAUUAUCAUCACACAAUGUAUGGUGCUGCUGCCAUUUUUGGGUAGGAGCUGUGAACAUGGUAGUUCAUAUAUCUAUUAUCAGUAACGUAACUUUAUAAGGUCUAAUUCUAAAGAUUACACUACAUCUGACAAUUUAAAGUGGCGCUGUCGCCAUACUUACCUUUUCGCAAUCAUAUCUUCUUCUCUUCCUUUUUCCUACUCUUUCUUUUCUAAUUUUUCAUCUGACAAAGUAGGGAUAUUUUCUACCGCCGUCUACAAGAGCUUGAGCUAGGAGACCGGCGAGGGAUAAAGGGUGAGUUAACCCUGGCAGUGCUGGUCCAGUCACCCAAGUGGUGAUUAGGGCACUGUAACAUUAGGAAUUCAUAUUUGUAUUCCUAACGCUAUAGUACUCCUUUAAGGCCAAUGUAGCCGAACUGGAAAAAUUCUCUUAGUCCGCUAUGGGCCCAGUUUGGCUACUUCAGCCUUAAAGGGCCACUAUAGGCAAGCAGACCACUUCAUCUCAGUGGCCCUGCUGUUUUGGAUCUGCAAUGUAAAAUAAUCCAAUUUUGUAGAUACAGCAAUUUUUCCAUUGCAGGGCUAAAUACACCAGUAGUGGCAGUAUUCCUGACAGUCACUAGAAUGCAAUUUUCCUGUGAGAACUGAGUCAAAUUUUACCUCCUUUGAUGCUUCUCUAAGAGAGCAUUUGAUUGGAGGAAGGUAGAGCUUGCUGUGCAUGUGCUUGUUGUCCCCAAUGCUUCUCAACGAGAAGCAUUGGAUUGGACGAGAAGACAGAAGACAUCAGCAUGCUUUCUAUCGAAGAGGUGGAGCGGGCAGCUGAAACAAGACAAGUAAAAUAUUUAACAUUGGACAGAGGUAACUGUAAUAUCGAUGAAUAGUUCGAAAGAAAAGAAUAAUAUUUUCAACAAUAUAGGUAACUUUAAAUUUGAAAUUCAGUUUGGAUUCCUGACAAUUCUUACUUUUCUAAAUAACCCUGUCUGUGUACAUUGAAUGCAACAACGAUGAUGGUUUGGGAAGAGUUGCCCAUACGGUUUUAUCCAGUUUUAUUGUGCUUGACAUUGCUUUGGAUGAAAGAAAUGUAUUCUACCCUCACUAUAUCCUCUCUUUUAUUUAAUCAGCUUCCAAUAUGUAUGAACACAGCGUAUUAAAGAUUAUCCUGAUCCUUCUGGCAUUAGCUGUGUAUAUUGUUACUGUGGCAUUUAACGCAAUAGCUGGUUCAGGACUAUUAAAAGGUAAGUGAAAAUCUGGAAAAAUUAAAUAUCUGUUGGAAUGAUCUAGUCUUAAGACCCAUUUUCACCUUUUUUAAAGUCUUUUUUUUUAUCUUUUCUUUUUUUUUAUUUGUGGUAGAAGUCAAAUAUUAUUAUUAUUUUUUUACUUUUUUUUAUUUAUUUUUUUUAGAAAAUCUAAUUUUUUUAUGUGAAUAAAAUGGCAUGUAUGUUUAAGAUUAAUCCUACGCAUUGUUCAAUGUAAAGUAUGAAGUCUAACUCAGUCACUCAGAUCCUCACUGCUGCCUUGAAGUAGUGGGUAAUUUUAUAUAAAGAAUUCGUAGGGGGUAAUCUAACCAGAUCCCCAAAAUAGUCUCUCUCAUACAGGGUCAUAAUUACUAAAGUAAGAAUUCCAAGUGCAGUUGAUGCGAAACUGUAAUAAAUAAAAUGUACUAUUAAAAGGUGGAUUUGUUUGUAGAUAUACACGCAAUCAAUGCAUAUUGAUAGUAAAAUUGCAAGAAAAUAUACAGACUUAACGAUGUAGUUAUCUGAAGAUCACUCACAAAACCCAAGAUUACAGCAAAUGUGGUAACCAAGGGUUCAGCUAUUAUACCUCCAAAUGAUUUGCCCUGAUCCCAUAGUCCUAAUUAAAGGGAUGGCAUUUGGACAUGGGGCAGCUGAACCACUAUGCCACCAUCAUACAAAGUAAAAUAAAAUAAUCCUGUAUCAAACCAGGAUUAUUCACUAAAUUGUGAAUUCCAAAUUUUAGCCAGAAUAGCCCAACUGAAUACUUAGCUGACAUGUACAAUAUUUCCAGGUCGGUUGUUGUGGCCUACGGUCCGAAAAUUCACAUUGUAUUCCACAUGCACACCCUAGUUAGUCUAUGUGUCCUAAAUGUAUGGAUACGGGAAAAGAAACAGUAAUAUGUAAACAUUCGCAAAUGUAAAAAACUGUAUUUACUGAUAACAGAACUAUUAAUAAGAUAUCUGUGACUAACUUACAUUUGCAAAAAGAUGUUGUAAUACGAUGACUAACUGGCUUUUAAUCUAUACGUAAUUUAUCACAGCUAAAAAUAGACACAACUAUAAUGUCAUCAGUUAGCCCUAAAACAGCAACAGGCGUAACUUGCGGUGAAUUAAGAACUGGGUUGUAGUGACUGACUUUCCAAUUAGGCUAUUUUCACCUUACAUAUGAAAUUCACUUUGAAUUCUCUUCAGUAAAUAACCCUGCAAAUCACCUAGUAAAUAUGAAAAUAUAUAGCACAUUUGCUUCCUUGGUAAUGGAACAUGUAUAGAGAGUAUAACUUUUAUUUUAUUUUUAUUUUUUAAAUCUCUUCCAGGAAUAUUCUUGCAAAAUGUAGGAAACAUCUCAAAUAAAUAUGACACUGAUUUUACACCGGCCGGGUGGACAUUUAUGAUCUGGAAUGUGAUAUUUGCUUGGCAGUUUCUUUGGCUUGGCUACGUUUUGUCUCUCAUCUGUAGAAGGUAAAGUUGGAUGCUGCAUUUCUAAAUAAUUCAUGCUAUUUGUGUAACCCAUCCAAUGCUAGUAUCGCCUCAACAAGAUCUACUGUUUUCAUUUGUAGUAAGUAAAAAAAAUAACAAAUGCAGUAAUAAAGAACUAUGUUGUAGUUUCUGCCUCUCCUGUGCACAGAGUAAAACCCUUUAUUUUUUUUUAUUUAUUUUUUUUCAUAGCUUCUCUGAGGUCUUUCACUGCCAUCAGUGACAUCUGUUUCAUAGGUUCACCAUCACUGACUUAAAUUAAUUUUUACAAAUAUUUUUUUUAAAAACCUGUCAAUACUGCUACAUUCCCAAGCUGAGAUAUAAAGCUAACGUUUAUUGUAAGUCAAACCUUUAUUUAAUGGAACAGAAGAUAUAAGCUAGAUUUUCUUAAAAGGAAACUAUAGUGCCAAGAAAACAAAGUUUUAUCUUUGUUGGGGGCCUAUCUCAAGGCCCCCACCCAUGGUGCAGAAGGGGGUUAAAAACCCCUUCUGACACUUACCUGAGUCCAGCACCGAUGUCCCUCGGCACUUGCUUGGGAUCCUCCCUUGUCAGUCAGCGGAGGAGACCUAAUGCGCAUGAGUGGCGAUUGCUGCUUUUGCAUUAGGAUUUCCUAUGUAUAAUGCUUUCUUAUGGAGUUGUGGGCAACACUGGACAUACCCAUGCAUAGUGUGAGGGCGUCCAGCGUCAGUUACGUGACCAAAGGUCGCCUAACGACUCGGACGUCCCUCUAGUUGCUGAGUUUUUAAUCUAAUAGACAGCCACUAGAGGUGAAGUUACCCCAGCAAUUAAUUAUUGUUAUUUUUAGUUUAUGAAAACUGCAAUAAUUGCCUUCUUAGGGUUAAGUUACCUGGGACACUGCACCAGACCACUUCAAUGAGCUGAAGUGGUUUGGGUGCCUAUAGUGUCCCUUUAACAAAAGGGGCAUUUCUGCCUGUUACAACCCCGGAUGGAAAUUUUCAGACAGUAUGCUUCGCAGCAAUAUAACAACUCUCAGUUCAAGUUCAUUGAGCUUUUACCAAACCCUAGUUAGUAUAUUAUUAAUGUAAAAAUUACUUUAUACAAAUAUACUUUUAGAGUCUUGAAACUUGUGUUUUACCUUUUUUAUUUAAUUUUUAUUUUAUUUUAAUACUUUGCAUUUUGUAUCCCAAUAGGACUGAUGUGGGCUGGUUCUAUCUAAAACCCAAUGUAUUCCCUGUUUCUUUUUACCUUGUGUGGAUGCUGAAUAAUGUCCUCAAUAUAGGAUGGCUCUUCUUGUGGGACAGAGAGUAAGUAUCAGUUCUAACAAGCUAAACCUUUCAUUAUAGUAAACUUGUUAUAGUCCCUAUUUAAAGCUGCACUGUCAUGCCGAACUUACCUUUCCUCAAUCUCUUCCUCUUCUCCCCCUCUCUCGGGAUCUGUUCUUCUUUUCUUCCUGUCUUCUUUAGUUUUCUUUAAAAUCAUAAGACAAAGUAGGGACUCUUUGCCUUAUGGAGGAUUCCUCCGCUUGACCAGCUCUGACCAGCGCAGGAGCAAAGUGUGCUUCAUUUCCGCUGGUCAGAGCAAUUUUCCCAUGAUCCUUACCUUCCCUCUGUGUUCCCACAAUGCUUCCUGUCACUUUACACAAAAUUGCCGAAUUGCGUUCUAACUCAAUGAGAACAGUAUGUUCAUUUCUUUUAGAACUCAAUUCGGCACUUUAUUCGGAUCGGAAUUUAAUUCGAAUGAAUGAAACUCCGAUCCUAUUGAUUGCUGUGGCUGCAUCUUGCAGCCGCUUAGUAGAUAACUCCCUAAAUCCCACGGUAUCAGGGAGCUAUCUACUAAAAGGCUGAAAGACCUAAAUUGGUCUUUCAGCCAACUUUACUAAUACUAAGUAAACAUUACUUAGUAUUAGUAAAUAAUAUUCCCCUACUCGCUAUACCGCGAGUAGGGGCAUGUCUGGUAAACAGUGAGCAGCCUGUGGCUGUUAGUUAGAUGUAGUGGAGGCCGGAGGGGGGGUUAAAAAACAGGAUUCGGCAUGACAGUGCCGCUUUAAUGUGCAGUAAGAUAGACAGCCUAACCCAUAUAAUGGAAUUGGUUCAACUAUUAAGGAACACUCAAAGUACUAUCACUACCUGUACCCAUUGCUUCAAAUAUAGAGAAAAGGGUCCCCAUUGUUCUAAGACAACAUACUAGAACAUUUAUUCUUCCCUCUGCCUGUCCCAAGCAAUUGCUAAACAUGUCACUUCCUUUCGACAGGCUACUUCACUGCUUACUGUGUAGGACUCCGAGCCGUCCAUCUCGUAUACGUCUAUAGCUCAUUUCGCAUUUUUCUUAGAUGUCCAUUUUGAUUAUAGUGUUAAACCAUUUUAACAAUGAAAUUCUGUCCCGGGCUUCUGUCAUCUGUCCUCUUUAUUCCUCUCCUCAGCGUUUGGCUCUCAUGGAAGGUUUGGUUUGGGCAUCCAGUUAUAGGCUGGGAGCAUGAGCUAACACUCUCAGAAUGUUAAUAGCCGCUCAUCGUGAGUUAUAGUGCGCAUUAUUACGCCCAAUAGGCGGCCAGUGAUAGGUUCACAUGUGCUCUCUUAGCUUAUCACUAGCUGCACACACCAAUGCUCCCUUAUUAGCCAACUAGCCAAGGCUAAUAUAUAGAAAGGCAUCAUGAUGGUCACCAGGGGACAGAACGUUGAUGUUAUACUGUUCAUAAACCGUUAAGAUGGGUAACCAAGUGUGAGAUUUGUCUCUGAAACCCAAGGUCCCAUAACAACUUCAUUGAGAUUAAGUUCUUGUGGGGACAAGAUUCUUCUUUAAACUACAUUUCCAAUUCAAGCCUUGUGCAUGAAGCUGUAAACCCUUGGGGAUUUGCAAUAAAUUUAUGAUCUUUAGACAAAAGAAUAAUUUCAAAUGUACAAAAAAAAAUGCACAUGUAAUGCAUUAAAAACAUGGAUGGGCUCAAUAUCUUGAACAAAAACAAACAACAACUUGGUAUUUAGGUCUUUGAGAUUCCAUUCACUUAACAUCAAAUAGAAAAAAAAAAAUUAUAUUUACAAAAUGGAGACAUUAACAACUAAACACAAUGACCACGCAAUCUUCUAAAAUAUGAAAUAUGGAUUUAAAAAUUCUCCUCCUAAAAUUAACUUCAAUCUGAAGUCUAUAUAAUGUUUUCACAAUCUUCUGAUGCAACAAGAUUGUAAGCCGGACCCUCUUCACCUAGGAUUUUAAUGUGUCAAUAAUGUUUUGUUAUUUUACCUAUUGAACAGUGCUGCAGAAUAUGUUGGAAUUAAGCAACUCUCCCACCCACCCUUUUUUAUUUUUCUUCUAACUGUUUCUCUUUAAAAAACUUUGUUUUGCCUGACUUUAUUUAAAAGAAAAAUUUGUAAUGUUUUCGGUUUAAAGGGACACUGCAGUCACCUGAACAACUUUAGCUUAAUGAAGCAGUUUUGGUGUAUAGAACAUGCCCCUGCAGCCUCACUGCUCAAUCCUCUGCCAUUUAGGAGUUAAAUGUGACUUGCACAGCCUUCCAUAAACACUUCCUGUACAGAGAGCCCUAUUUGGGCUUUCUUUAUUGCAAGUUCUGUUUAAUUAAGAUUUUCUUAUCCCCUGCUAUGUUAAUAGCUUGCUAGACCCUGCAAGAGCCUCCUGUAUGUGAUUAAAGUUACAUUUAGAGAUUGAGAUUCAAUUAUUUAAGGUAAAUUACAUCUGUUUGAAAGUGAAACCAGUUUUUUUUUCAUGCAGGCUCUGUCAAUCAUAGCCAGGGGAGGUGUGGCUAGGGCUGCAUAAACAGAAACAAAGUGAUUUAACUCCUAAAUGACAGUGAAUUGAGCAGUGAAAUUGCAGGGGAAUGAUCUAUACACUAAAACUGCUUUAUUUAGCUAAAGUAAUUUAGGUGACUAUAGUGUUCCUUUAAAAGAAGUUUCCCCAUUUACAGAAUAAAACAAUCAAAGUGUGUAAUUAUGUGCAGUGGUUUAUACCUCUUUGAGUUAAAGGGCGAGCAUCAAUAAUUAAUCAUUACCCCAUUUUAGCUUCCAUAUACGCUUGCCCUAUUUUUAUUUUUUUUGGGGUGGGAGUGGGUGAAUAAAUAUAUAUGAAUACGAUAUGCCUUUAGCAACAUAUUGUUACAAAUGUGUCUUAGUGUUAUUAAAUUUUUUAUUUUAUAUUAUGUUUUAUUUACUUAGGCAUACGAUUCCUGCUCUGGUAUUUCUGGGUGCCAUUGCUCUCACAAACUAUAUAGUUCUCUUUAUUUCUUACCGAGCUGUGUUUAUCCAUGGGGAUUGGCUACAGAGACUACGUAAAUCCGAUUUAUGGCUCAUCAGAAUUUUUGUGAGUGUCCUUGCAAAGUUUUACAUAAUAUUAUGAUGAUCACCCCCCAGGAUAUCUAGAGCGGUUUUAGAAUGCUUAAUGGCGGUGUAUAUACAGUCUUUCAUGGAACAGUUUUAUUUAUAAUCUGCAAACAUUCAUUUUGCAAAAUAUCAAAAAACAAUAGCUGAUGGUGACUAAAACUGAUAUGUGUUAUUCAGAAUUUACUAAAGCCUUGGUUUAGAAUGUGUUUUUGUUUUUUUUAAUCAUCUAGAUUUGUAGGAAAUGAAAUGUAUUAACAACAGAAUUAAAGGGAUUCUCCAGUGCCAGGAAAACAUAUUAGUUUUCCUGGCACUGCAGGACCCUCUAGUGCCCCUCUACCUCCCAUCCCAAGUUGCUGAAGGGGUUAAAACCGCGCAUGCGCAUUAGACCUCCCCAUAGGAAAGCAUUAAAUAAUGCUUUCCUAUGGGGAUUUCAGCGAUGCUGGAGGUCCUCACAUAGCGUGAGGACAUCCAGCGUAGUUUUAAACCACUUUUCAUGUUCUAUAAACACAGGAGUGGCUGUCUAGCAGACAGCCACUAGAGGAGGACUUAACCCUGCAAUGUAAAUAUUGCAGUUUAUGAAAACUGCAAUAAUUACACUUACAGGGUUAAGGGUAGUUGGCACCCAGACCACUCCAAUGGGCAGGAGUGGUCUGGGUGUCUGGAGUGUCCCUUUAAAAAAAAUCAAGUUAAUAUAGCCACAUAAACAUUAUCAAAGUUAUUUACUAAAAUGAGAAUUGUCAGGAAUGUCAAGUGAAUUUCAAAUUUAAGGCCAGACUAGCCAAACUAGAAACAUAGCUGACUUUCACAAUUUUUCCAGUUAAUCUGUUAUGGCCUUAAAUCUUAAUUUACUUUGAAUUCCCUGUAAUUCUACAUUUGGGGGAAUAAUCCUGUGUGACUGUCGUUGAGUUGGAGAAUCUUUGUUAAUCCUUGAUUUUGCAAGUUGGUUUCCAAUACACAGUUUGAUAAACCUGAAGGCUAUUUAAUCAAUCUGGAAUGACUAGAGACUAACAUUUUAUGGUAACAAUUAGUUGAACUGAAAAAUCAUUAUUUUCGAUAAAGUAAAAGAUAUUGUUUCCUUUAAAGGAUUACUGCCCGCAGUAGUGGUUAUGCCAAGAGUACCCUUCGUAAUGCUUUGCUUGGGUUCACACUGGGCUUCAGUGUUCUCUUGCACAGAAUAGACAUCAGCCAACCUUCAUCUCUAGUUCCUGGCUGGCUGAUGACACUCCAAUUACGAUGUCAGUGGUGGAGUUACACCUUCAGCAGCAGAGGGUGUUAACCUUUGUGGCUGUAACGUUUCAUAGCAAAACACUACACAUACAGACUGCAGGCACCAUUACCACUUCAAAUCACUGAAGCGAUCAUGGUGCUUUAUGUAACACUUUUCUAAUUGUGCUCUCCCUCUAAAGAAACACUUCAAACAUCAUAACACCUACAGCAUGCUGUAGUGGUUUUAGUGCCCACAGUGCCCUGGUGCUCCCCAAUGUUACUGGUCAAACCAGUUUGGAAUGGUUUAACGUCUUACCUGGGGUCCACAGGGGGACACUCCUUGCCUCCAAUUCCUGAGCUAAGCUGCAGGAAUUCACUCUGAGGAACUAACAGAUGUUUUUAAGCAGGAGAUCUUGGCUAAACUGGUGGCUGAAAGGAGGCAGGGACUGGCACCCGGCAAACCCCAGGAAUGAAGACAAACUUGUCUAAAAAUUUUUUUACAAUGGGGGUGAAGACAGGGGACUACUGGCACCGCUACCACAACAACACACUGCGGUGGUUAUGGUGCUUGGUGUGUUCCGGUAACUGUUCUUGUAUAUUUUGUCAUUUUGAUUAUAAAAUAUUAUCCAUGAUAUCAAUAAAUUCACUACCUUAGAUUAGCAGUGCACACAAGUCCAUAGAUAAAACUAAUUUUUCACGUAGCCAGUUCCAUUUCCCUGUAAGAUGCCUGUUAACCUGCUUUGCGUUUGUUUUGUUUGUUUUUCUCACAGGUCCACAAUGGAAUUGCCGUAUAUACAACCUGGACAACAAUAGCCUGUCUACUAAACUUUGCUGUUGUCCUGACAUACAAUGGAGGCUAUUCAAACAGCACAUCCACUACUAUUGCGCUGGCUAUCCUGACUUUUGAAGUACUGUUAUGGUAUGUGUGUCACCUAUUGUGUUCGAAAGAAAGAGACGUGUAAAAUAAUAAGUCUGCCGCUAUAUUACACUACUAUAAUGGUGUAGUUACCCUGGAAUUUUAAGUGCAUUUACGGUAUAUUCUGAUCACACCUUCUUUUCCAGGUUUUGUUUGGAAAACUUUGUGUUUGACAAGUACGUCCGUUAUACAAUCACUGUAUAUCCUGUGGUUAUUGUUGCUUUAUCUGGAGCAAUGAACAAGAGUUAUAAUCCUGCAUCUCCUGGUCCAAAUGGUAUUUUUAUAGGUAAUCAUUAUUUAUCUUUUAUUAUACAAUCCAUUUUUAAAUACAGGUAAUCUAGGCAUAUUUUACACAUUUAAGGGGUUUACACACUAUUAUAGUAAAUACGUGAGAGUUGCAUUUUAUAGAGUAAAACUGAGUAGAAAUACUAGCUGAGUUUGAAGAAUUCAAGCUUGGUUAUUGAAGCCGAAAAUGCGCAAUCUCUCAAUUCUUCGAAAUAGGAAUUAGUAAACCCAAAUGUGAUCAUUCUCCCCAUCAAUCAAAAUGUGUAACCGGGUCCAUACAGACUUUUAAUAAGUGUCAUUUUGUUUGUUUAGAGUUUUUCUUCACAUCAGUGCCAAUCACUGUCUGCUCAGUUCAUAAACCCCAUGUUAGAUCAACUUUCAUAAUGCUGUAUGGAAGGCCAGUGUCCACAUAUUCUGUGAUUAGGAUUCUUUAAUGCAUCACCUUGGCCUUGGCCAAGUCAUGUGAGUUAUAGUUUUAUUUUCCACAUUUUUUUCAAUUUCCCUCCCUCGCUCCUAUCGCAGGUUUAGAGAGCCUUAAGAUCAGUUCAAUCAAAUGCCUCUCAAUGAGAAGCAUUUGAUUGUACCACGGAGAGGAAUGGAGUGAUGAGGCAUGAUGUCAAACUGGGCAUGGAAAAAGCUCUGCACUGGGAUAUCAAUUUUUAUUUUCAGAUUUUUUUUUACUUAAAAAUUGGGUUAGACACACUACUAGUUCCCCAUAGGGUAUUACAAAAUAAAAUAUACUCAUAAAAAUGUUGUUUUUUUUUAAGUUUUGGAGUGUCCCUUUAAGACCUUUCGGUGUCAUCACAGCAUGCGAUAUAGGAUUGGUGGACCUUGGCAGUUGCCAUGCAUAUAAGACCAUUGGAUUGGACCUGAGAUCAGAAUGCUUUAUGAUAAAACAUAAAUGUGCUAUCUGUGCAUUCUAUAUUCCAAAUAAUAAAUAAAAAUUAAUAAAGCAAAAAUGUGUUAGAAAAAGGGCAUUAAAAAAAUAAAGCUGUCAACAUUAGUUAACUAGACAUUCACACUCUUCUUAAAGAUUUGUUGUAAUAUAGACUAUUUUAUAGUUGUUCAAAGAUACAUGUAUAUCUUUUACUUGCUAGUACUGUGAUUUUGAAAUAUUUAGAGCCAUAACAAUACAUAAUGCCCACAUGGUUAAAAAGGGUUGGAAAUAAUUUUUGUAAAUUAUCUCAUUUUUGCUGUCUUUAUUUUUAUUCAGCUGUGCUCCUCGCCGUGGCUUGCACCCUAUUUGCGGCACGUUUGGUUUUGGUGGUUGUGAAACACUGCAAAAGGCCACUUUACGGAUCAGUUUUAUUCCAGAAGACGUCAUUACCCAUGUCAUAAAAAGAGCUACGAAGACGUAAAUCACGUACUCCAAUUAUUAAUAACUUUGUAGCGCAUAUCUAAUUUAUAUGUAAAUACAGUGUUUGAUUAUACAAACUAAAGAGUAUUCCAUCAUGGAGCCAAUUGCCAAGUACUUUGCAUACGAAAUCUCCACUGCAACAAGGGACAUUUUGAAUGUUACCUUAUGACUGCCUGUUACUGUUAACACUCACGUUUUGUAUCACUAUGAGGGAUAUGAUGUAUGUACAAAAUUAGUGAGAGAGUAAUUUUGAGCACAAUGUUCUGAAAGUGAAUCAAUUAGUAGAGGUAUAAAUCUCAUCUAUUAUUUAAUGCUGUUUCAGCAUGACAUCAUCCAGGAGAAGAAUGACUGCACUACACACAGUGCCUGAACUUUCCAUUGUGAGUGCUUAAGGUGCGUCCAUUUUGGGUGCUUACUUCCUGUUGUGAAGUACAAUGUUUAAGGGAAAAUAAGUAAAAAAAUGUGUUGUAAAUUAAAGGAACACUUGAGUCCUCUGAAAUACUGUAGCUUAGUGUGGUGCACUAGGGGUAAUGUCCCUUUUUCCUUCUGGCUUUUAUAAUUUAAUAAAAGUGUUGAUUUCAAGGGAAAUCGCAAUUUUAUAAAUCAAUCCUCUUAAAAACUCCUUUUGGCUGUCAAGUCACACCAGGGAGGGUGUUCAGCUUCAUUUGCUUUAAACUGUAGUUCAUUGUAAAAAUAAGUGCUUCUCACAGAUAAGCAUAAGAUUCAAUGUUCCUCUAUCAUGGUGAUUGCUGUGCAUGGGCCAUGUGUGCCAGUGUUUCUCUAUUAGUUAUGUGAUUGGACACCAAGUUAUCUGCAAUGAUGAUGUCACAGAAGGUGGAUCAGAGCUGCUGAUAGCUCUAAAAUAUAUAGUGAUAAAUAAAGCUGUUAAAGGGACACAACAUACCAAAGAUGCAAUAUUCUAAAUAACUUGGGAGUGGGUUAGCCUAUCAUGCUCAUCCUUUCAUUUCUGUGCAAGGUGGAAUAGAUUUACACUUAUCAAAAAAACCAAGGGGUGGCACCCACGGCACCAUAACUACUACAAAAAUCUAUAUUAUGGUGUUGAAAGUGAACCAUAAAGCCGACUUGUUUUUUUUUUUCGCAGUGAAACACACGUCCCGUGAUUAUUUUGCAAGCAAGCGAAAACAUUUGCUAUGUUAAAUAUACAAAACAAAAACUAGUAUACUUUUUUUUUUUUUUUUUUUACUGUAAACUAACAUCUUUUUUACAACUGUUACAUUGAAACAUAUUUUUAUAACGACUUGGAUCGUAAGGGCUUAAAAUAAUAAACACGAAUAAAAUUGUUGCACAGUUUGUAAAACAUUGUACUUGUAUCUGUUAUUCGUAUCAUGCAUUUAAUAUUUUUAUAAUAAAAAUGCUAUAAAAUGUAAAUACAA